AUGUCUGCUAACAUACUCUGGUUCACUGUGGUGAGCAGCUAUAUCGUUCAAACUAAAUGUUUCUCGAGGAUUUUGUCGAGACAGAAGUACAGUAGCUACAAUAACAGUGAUGGUGCAGACAAUAGUGAUGGCGUCAGCACGCCAAUUCAGAACCUCUCCGUCCAAAUGGCCAUUGUGUAUUUUGCAUCGUGGUUGCUUCUUCUGCCCAUUGCUCGUAUUUGGAAUAUCACGACGUUGAAGAGUAGCGCCCUCGAAAGUGGUGCAGAGAGCUCUUCUAGUUUGAACCUGGUGAGGAGCACGGACAACUUCUUUGACGAGACGACAAACGGGUCGAGAUGGACUCGUAUUAGGGAGAGGUUUCGCUUCUGUAGCAAGAUCCUCCUCCUGUCCAUACUCCUCGUGAUCCCCAUAAUUUCGUACACGGUAGCAUUGUCGCUCUCCCCAGCGUUUGACGUCACUUUGAUCCAAAACACGUCCACUUUUGAGAUCGUCACUCUUCUCUACGGAGUCUUCAAUAUCGCCAAGCGGAAGAACGUGUUCCGGAACUUCGUCAUUAUGAUGGUCGCUCUGAUGGGGAUUCUCAUCGUGUCGUACACUAACGCGACGUGCGACUUACUCGCGGGGAAAUUGUCCAUCAACAAGGAAACUGGGGAAGUGAACGACCCGUUCCUUUUCGAUAGACUGAAGGCAUCGUUACUCUGCGGACUGUGUUCGCUCGCAUUGGGACCCUUUGCAGUGCUUUCGCAAAAAUGGCUCACCAACCAAAGGGCGGAAACGAACAGGAAAACUCUUUUCUUCAUCACAAUCACCUGUAUCGUUCUGCUACUACCUCUACUGCCAAAGGAUUCGAAAUUUUUUGCCACCAUGGCUGAGGAUAACCUAGGCUGUUUUCUUCUGUUAGGUAUUGUCGGUGGUAUCGUCCCCAACGUCAUCUCGAUAAUAAUGCUAAACAAAUGCUCCGCCCCAGAGUUCAUCACCACAACAAAUCUAGCGAUUAUAGUGUUAAUGGGGUUAUCACAGUGGAUAUGCGAGUCUAAUGAAACAUUUAUUGUCAGAUGGGAGGUUAUUGGCUACCUCAUGUUAACAGUGAGCGGGCUGGCUUUGUUCUUCACUCUACGCCCUGUGAAGAAUAGAAACUAG